UGACAGGUGAAUUUGGUUGUGAUGGAGUAGUUUGGAGAAUAGGUUGUAUUUAGAACAAUCGUGGAUAGACAUUUGAGGGCUGAAAAGUGCAUGAAAGAGAGAGGAAAAGUGGAUUACAGAGACCUCUGGUGAACUCAAGAGAUUUGUUUCAAAUGAUUGAAUUAAUUUUUGCCAACCCACAGAGAGAGGCACAAUCAGUGUACAGGGAUGGAUGCAGACUACUGAGUUUGUGCAAAGGGAUCUAGCUCGCCGGGCCCCCCGUCUCUGUCCCACAAAGCUUUGCGACCCCGUUUGCCCUAAUUGUAAUGUAACGUUACGUUUUUGCUGCGUCACAAUCGCAAGUGAGCCGGUUCGGAUGCGGUGAUCUAAAUCGCUUCAUCCAAAACAGGCCACCCUCAGAUGCUGUUUCUCUCGAGUAAGAUGUUAAGGGAGGCUCAUAUUCAGCCAGUGAUUGGCCAAUGUGUGUCUGCAAUGAAGAAACAAGGGGGGGCUGUAUAGGAGAGAGAGGGAGAGAUGAAAAACAAAGAUCGGAGGAUAAUCUAAAGAAGUCUGAACCUAAAGACUUUGUCUUUCUACUUGAUACACAGUAUGUGUAGGACCCUGAAUCACAGUUGCGGUGGUCUAUUCAUGUGCGCUGGACAGCUUGGGGGAAGGGGAGGAAUGCUUUAAAUUGUAUUGAAUGAUUACCUGACUACUAAAAGCUGUCAUUGUGUGAAGUCAUUGAGAUAUAUCAAUGUUUACUAUUUUCCGGACGUUAAAAUGAGGUGCGUUUAAACGACGUGUGAGUUUAUACCAGAUACUUGCAGAAUUAUCAGAGGAAAUGUAGUUAAUCAAUAAAAACAACAUUUAUAUAGCAGAGCUGUCACAGACCGGCAUCCAGUUUAUAUGUUGGAUUACACAACCAUUAUCGCUGCUUAUGUAAACUAAAAAUAUUAUAGUAUGAUAACAUUUCCUGAAAAUACCCAUGCAACGCAAUGCAAUAGUGUUGUAUUUCAGUGCAUGUGAAGGGCAUUGCUAUGUGGAUGAUAAGGGGUUCAGAAUUGUUUUUAGCUUGUUGUUAGGGUCUUCAGGGUUGUAGUCAGGGCAUAGCUUUGCUUAUUUGUUGCUUGGUCUUUAAAUUUGAGCUCUUACUAUGUAAAGUAAUGACUACUAGGCUGAUCUACAGGAGAUGCAUUUUGUGUGUGUGUGUAUAUAAAUAUAAAGUAAAAGCAAUGUAAAAAAGUGGUCUUCCUGUAGCUCAAUUGAUAGAGCAGUGCAUUACCAAUGCAAAGAUUAUGUGUUUGAUCCCAUUGAUGUAAAUGUAUACUUUUAUCUAGCAGAAGCCCACUCAUGAGAUCAGCGGAUACGAUGAUGCACUUUUGUUUAUGAUUAUGAUAAGAUAUUUUGUUGCCCCAGCUACGAUAGAGAUCAAAACAUUGCACGGUGCGCAUGUACUAGCCUGUCAUUGAGUUCAUGCUGUCUUCGUUUUUAUACACCGUGUGCAGGUGCCCAAGGCAUUUCUAUUUAUUUGCAGACAUAAGCCUUUCAAACAUAAGAAUACAGAUUUUGAAAGGGGUACAGUGUUCUCCUCCUCCAUUGUAAAUAUUUGUGUUUGUGUUAGAUAAACUAAGUCCCCUCUGUGUACAGGUCAGUGUGGGUUUUCAUCCAGAUUAGGGUGGAUGCAGUAUUAUAUUCUAUAGAUAGACGUACAUAGUUGCAUCCGUGGAUGGUUGGUGCCGUCUCAUCACUUUCAGGGCCAAAUAUGACCCAGUUUACUGACACACUAAUGCUAAUCUCUCUUUAGCCAGAAGCACUCGCUCUUAGUGUUGUCUCAAUAAAAGGCGCACGGUCGGAAAUGCAGUCAAACCAGGUGACAUCGGUUUAUUCAGGCAUUAUGUAUCCAAAAUAGAGGGGCAACCAUUUUUGCAUACCUUGUUCUGUUCGCCUACAUGCAACAUUUGUUAUGAUCCAGAAUUCGAGAUGUUAUCGCCCCUCACAGGUGCUAAAAAUAAAUAAAAUGAUGGUGGAUAUCCCUCAUGGGUGCUUUAGUUCUGUUUAAACAUCGUGACCCACUUCAUCAGAAUGAUGGUUACUGAACAGAUUGCAUGCACAUUUGCAUUGAAUAAAUAGUCUAGCCGUUCGGGUAACACAUCAUUUCUAGAGCAAGUUUAUCUGGUAGGUGACCAUGAAUCCUAAAUUAGCCUCAAAUGUGUUAAUCAGGUGAAAGUUCGCCUUGCAUGGGGAAAUGUUGAAAACGUAGCUGAGCUGAACGUCAGAGAGGAUGUGGAUCGUGUAGUUGAGAUGACCUUGAGGUUGCAGUUCCCACAACUGGCCUUGCGGCGGCGUUUAGGUCAGCUGAGCUGCAUGUCCCGGCCCACUGUCCGCCUUCGCUCAUGGCCUCUGUCCUUCCUGUACUACAUCCUGCCAUUCGGAGCACUCAAACCUCUCGCCAAAGUGGGCUGGAGGCCCACAAGCAGAGUUACAAUCUACAAAUCCAUUCCCACGAGAUUGCUCUCCAGAGCCUGGGGUCGUUUAAAUCAGGUGGACCUGCCCACUUGGUUACGAAAACCUAUCUACAAUUUGUAUAUAUGGACAUUUGGCGUCAACAUGAAAGAAGCGGCUGUGGAAGAUCUACAGCACUACAGAAACCUGGGAGAGUUUUUUAGGCGCAAACUCAAACCUCAGGUCCGACCAGUAUGUGACUCGCACUGCGUGAUCAGCCCAGCUGAUGGCAAGAUCCUUCAUUUUGGUCACGUAAAGAACUGUGAGGUGGAACAGGUAAAGGGUGUGACCUACUCCCUGGAGACGUUCCUCGGGCCCCGCACCUGUACUGAGAGUCUCCUGAAUAACAGAAAUGAGGAAGACCCUGGCACGUUCCAGGAAUCCCUGGUCACUAAGGAAGGGAAUGAGUUAUUUCACUGCGUAGUAUAUCUGGCUCCAGGAGACUACCACUGCUUCCACUCACCUACAGACUGGAGAGUGGCACACAGACGACACUUUCCAGGUUCUCUGAUGUCAGUGAACCCAGGGGUUGCCCGCUGGAUUAAGGAACUUUUUUGCCACAAUGAGCGUGUGGUCUUGAGCGGGGAGUGGACACAUGGCUUUUUUUCACUCACAGCUGUAGGGGCCACGAAUGUGGGAUCUAUACGCAUAUACUUUGACAAGGAAUUACGUACCAACAGCCCUCGCUACAGCAAAGGGACUUUCAAUGACUUGAGCUACGUAACAAACAACAACCAAGAAGGCAUUUCCAUGAGGAAAGGCGAGCACCUGGGCGAAUUCAACCUGGGCUCAACUAUCGUGCUGCUGUUUGAAGCGCCACGAAAUUUCACCUUUAAUUUGCAAGCGGGCCAAAAGAUCCGUUUCGGAGAACCCCUCGGGACAAUGUGAAAUUGAGAAGAGGGGUAACGGAUUGAUGGACACACUAGACGUGUGCAGAUGCUUUCAGGGUCUCGGAAACUAAUACACUCACGUUUUUGUGCUCUGUUUAAACUGAGAUACAUGUGCGUUCAUAUGUACUCGCUCAAACCACCACUGAUGCAUUGUUGCCAUUGGGGUCAUUUAUAUGCUUGUUUUUGUCGUUUUCUUGUUAAAUACUUUGUAAGGCAAAGCUUAGAUCGUGAAGAUGUAAUGUGUUUGCCUUGAAACACCAUCCAGCUUUUUGUUUUGAGCUAAAUUAUUUUUUUAUUGAGUUUAAGGAAACUUUUUUGUUUCUUUUUUUGUCCACAUUGCCUUUGGCUGGAGUCAUUUUUGCACAGCUGUAAAAAAAAGAGAGAAUGUACAAGAGACAUUUGGUUUAUCAAACCUCUUUAAUUCAGUUCUUUCCGUCCAACUUUUUCUCAUUACGAAUUUUGACAAAAUCAUUGCCACCUGAUAACAAUUUUUACUGCCAUUGUUCUCUGAUGUAAAAAUUUGCCUUUGCUUUUUGGUUUUAGAGAGAUUAGUUGGGAGAUUAACGGUGAGGAUUAUUAUGGUGGUCCAGAAAGCUCUACUGUUUUUAUCUGAAUUUGAUUAGUGCCAAAAACCCAAGAUAUAUUUUUACUAACAUGUUUUUGCCCUUUUGAUAUAAAUCAGAAUUGUCUUUGGGCUUAUGCGUUUUGGUCUUGGAGUCUUUUUCUUGAUCAUUUUUGUUUAAACGAGCAUCCGGAAAUUUUAACAGAUUAAUUCCUACACCAAGAUGACGACGCUUCUUGAUCUCCUUCGAUCUGGACCACGCAUGUGCUACUACCAGAGGUUUGGGCCACUGGACAAAUGUUUGCCUCAAAACACUGUUGUGUACCUGGCCACACUUUUUAAAAAAAGUAUCAAACUCUUUUAAAAGAAAUCUUAUUAAUUCAUUUAACAUAGACAUUAGUUACACACUAGUUAAGAGCGCAGUAAAUGUUGUUAAUAAAUUUUGAAGAUUAUUUCCAA